AUGUCCUACUUCUUCUCCACCCCCUUGGAUAUCGACAUCCGACUGGAGGACAUUGAUGAGAAACGGCAGAUGGUGGAUGUGAAGCUCGACAAGAAUAGGCGGGAAAAAUGUCCGCUCUAUUCGGAUGGGGAAUCCGUAAAGGGGGCUGUUACCAUUAGGCCAAAGGAUGGAAAGCGUCUGGAGCAUACGGGGAUCAAGGUGCAGUUCAUUGGGACGAUAGGUUGGCUGUCCUUCAAUCGAAUCUGCAAAGCUUGUGUGUUUGCCCGGCAGUGUAGCGGAAUUGGGCCGUCGAACACUGUGUGUAUGUGUGUGUGUGAUUGAAGUUAUGCUGAAUGUUGCGCGUUUGCUCUUCUCGCAUUCUAGAGAUGUUCUACGACCGUGGAAACCAUUACGAAUUCCUUUCCCUUGGUCAGGAGUUGGCUGCCCCCGGCGAUCUCCAGCAUCCGCAAACCUUCGAUUUUGAGUUCAAGAAUGUCGAAAAGCAGUACGAGUCGUAUAACGGCAUCAAUGUCAAGCUUCGCUACUUCGUCAGGGUUACGGUCUCGAGGAGGAUGGCAGAUGUGAUCCGUGAGAAGGACAUAUGGGUAUAUUCUUACCGUAUGCCGCCCGAGAGCAACAGCUCGAUCAAGAUGGACGUCGGCAUCGAGGAUUGUUUGCACAUCGAGUUUGAGUACUCAAAGUCCAAGUAUCAUCUCAAAGACGUCAUCGUCGGACGGAUUUAUUUCCUUUUGGUACGGCUCAAGAUCAAGCACAUGGAGCUGUCAAUCAUUCGCCGGGAGACCACUGGGACCGCCCCUAAUCAGUACAAUGAGAGCGAGACCCUCGUCAGAUUUGAGGUGGGUUUCCCGCGCGCGAAGGAGACAAUUACUCGGUAACGUCUAACUGAUUUGCCUAGAUUAUGGAUGGAUCUCCCUCCCGGGGUACGUAUUCAGCUAUCCGCUUAUGCGACUCAUCACCUGCUGCUCAAGACUGCUUCUCUGAUCGCUUAUGACAUGAUCAAUAGGCGAGACCAUUCCUAUCCGCCUUUUCCUUGGCGGCUUCGAUCUGACCCCCACAUUUCGCGAGGUCAAUAAAAAAUACUCAACCCGUUACUACUUGAGUCUCGUAUUGAUUGAUGAAGGUAUGUUUUGUCUUUUUUUCUUUUUCUUUUUUCUUUCCUGAAAACAAAAAUAAAAAUGGAAAUUAUUAUUAUAAUCAUGGCUUGCCUGCCCAUUAUCCCCUGGGCGUGGGGUGUUUGUUUGCGAAUACCUGAGGAUACGCUGGGAUUUUGGUGGUUGUGAUGGAAGUGGCUGAGGGAUACGACCGACUAAUUGGGCGGGACAUAGAUGCUAGACGCUAUUUCAAGCAGUCCGAGAUUGUGCUCUACCGUCAACUAGUG